AUGGGAAGAGACUGGUCCUGGCUCGGCGGAGGAGGAGGUAAGAAAAAAUCCUCAAGCAAGUCAAAGAAAGACAUCAAAACGACGCCGCCGGUUACCUCUCCCGCCGGCAAUACUGCAACGGCGGCGGGUUGCAUGAGUGCUGUGUUUAACAUUUUCGAUUUGCAACAUUUACAGUUUCCCCUUAACCACCACCAUCUUCAUCUUCCCAAAGGCGUAGAUGCGCCGAGAAACAGCUUGGAAUCAACGGAGGAGGAGACUCCAUGUUCACCGACCAGAAAAGAUGGGAAUCUAAAUAUCUCUAUGGGUAUUAAAAUCAAGACCAAACCGCAAGCAAGAUCAUCAUCAUCACCAUCACCAUCAUCUCUUACAGCAACUGAAUCUUAUUCUCCGAGCGUGAAGACACCAACUUUGGUCGCUAGACUCAUGGGUCUCGAUCUUGUUCCGGACAAUUACAGAUCAUCUCCCACUCCAUCAUCUUCUUCUUCUUCCUUGAUUGAGCUCAAGACACCCACAAGAUCUUCCCACACCAACAAGCACAGACAUUACUCUCUCCAGAGGAACUCCAUCGACGGAGGAACACGAUCUCUACCCGAGACACCGAGGAUUUCACUCGGAAGGAGAUCCGUCGAUGUCAUCAACUGUUACGAACACCAACGUUCUUCCCUCCUCCAUCUCAGAGACAACAACAACAACAACAACAACAACAAUAUCAACGUCUUGUCGUCUGAAAACAACAUCGCCAGGUUCACGAGGGUCAAGGAGAUGAAGAUACACGAGGAUAAAGAGAACCGGAGUCCACGAGAGUACGCUAGGCAGAUAGUGAUGCAGUUGAAGGAGAACGUUAGCCGGCGAAGAAGAAUGGGAGCUGAUAUCACCAACACCACCAGAAGCAGCAAAGAUCAUCAACAUUCAAGAGAGAUGCACGAGCCCAAGAAAGCUUCUUCCAAGAUCACAACCAUCACUCACGAUUCAUCCUCAUCAUCAUCCCCGAGACUAGGAUCAACGGAAACCCCCAAAACCAAACCACCUCAGGCAAAUAACGUCGCUUCCAAGAUUCUCGAGACCAGGUUGCCACCUGUACAAGAAGAGAAACACAAGCAGAGGAGGAAGCCAGAGAAUUUCAAGUCGAGACUAGUGAAGCCGCCGCAGACAAUGCAGGAGGAGCCGUUUGUUCGAUCCCCGGCAGCAGCAAGUAACAAGCACAACGGUCUCAUUAACUUCACCACUGUUCCUUCUCUUCACACCAUCAAGAAGAAAGACUCACCACCUCACAAAUCGUCAAACUUGUAUGUGGAUUCGUUAAAGCUCAGAGAAACGCAGUCAUCGAGAAACAGAGCAUCAUCAGAGUUGUUUCCUAGUUUUCCGAGCCAAUCACAGACGCACAUUGCACCACCAAUCGCCGCCGGCGAGUUAGAGUACAUAACAAGAGCCCUGAGACGAACCGGUGUCGACAGAGACACACCGGUUUCGUACGCUAAAUGGUUCUCUCCUUCGCACCCACUCGAUCCAUCCAUCUUCUACUUCCUCGAGCACUUCGCCAUCACUAGAAACUCGCCGGAAGAUCUAGCUCUUCGAUGCAAUCGAAAGCUACUGUUCCAUUUGGCCGACGAGCUCCUCGCCGAUAUCUUAAAGCCGCGCAUCAAUUUGAAACCGUGGGUUUGCCGUUAUCCGGUUCGAUCUCGGGGGAAUCUAAAGGGAUCGGAGCUGAUCGACGAGCUGAGUCGGAGAAUCGAGCGGUUUCCGUUGGCCGAGUGUUUGGUUCUCGAAGAUAUCGAUUCUCUGGUCGCCGGAGAUUUCCCGGAGACGGCGACGCAGACGGAAUUGGCGUUUGAAGAGGAAGGCGAAGGAAUCGUCACGGAGCUCGAGAGAGGAAUCUUGGAGACACUCGUGACCGAAACGAUGACAGAUUGCUACGACACGUGGAUCAAAACGGCGCCGCUUAAGAGGAACGAUGAUGUCAGUGGCACGUGGGGAGUUCACGUGACGAGAUACCCUCCAAACGACGGGUCCCACCACGACUCGUCCUCUUUCUUUUGCGAUAGGAGAGUGAUGCAUCCACGUGGAUAA